AUGGAGGGGGUAGGGAGAGAGCACGAUAGCUCCGUGGCGCUGCCCGUGGAGGAUUUCGGCGCCGCCAAGGAUACAACCAGCGUGAGCACAAAGCCUACAAGGAGGUACCCGCUCGCGUCAUGGGUUGCCAUACUGGCCCUGGCCACCCUUGUGGGCGUAUACAUAUUCUCCUUAUCUCUCAAGCAAAACGGGAUGCUGUUCGGGCUCAGGCAGACCAACAUGAUAGAGAAAGAAAGGGAGCAGCCUUGCCACCACCCGGGAGUUCCGGAGACCGAGAUCCCUUACGUGCACUUCCCCACACCCAAUACUUAUAGUAGGAAAGAAUGUGCAUGCACACCAGUUAGAUUCUUUGCUAUCUUGUCGAUGCAGAGGUCGGGAAGUGGAUGGUUUGAAACCUUGUUGAAUAGCCACGAGAAUAUUAGCUCAAAUGGAGAGAUUUUCUCUGUCAAAGACAGGCGUAGCAAUGUCACGGCCAUCACACAAACACUCGAUAAAUUGUACAAUCUCGACUGGGUCAGCAGUGCCGCUAAAAAUGAGUGCACGGCUGCUGUGGGGUUGAAAUGGAUGCUCAAUCAGGGUCUGAUGAAACAUCAUCAAGAGAUAGCUGAAUAUUUCAACCGAAGGGGUGUGUCUUUAAUUUUCCUUUUAAGAAGAAACCUUCUGCAGCGAUAUGUCUCUAUAUUGGCAAAUGAUUAUGAUAGAAAUACGAAGCAACUAAAUGGAACUCACAAAGCUCAUGUGCAUCACAGAGGCCAGGCUGAUGUUCUUGCUCAGUAUAAGCCAACAAUAGACACAAAAUCGUUGAUUGCUGAACUGAAAAGGUCUGAUAAGUUGGCAGCUGAUGGUUUAGUGAGUUUCAAGAAGAUCCGGAGUAUUGUCCUGUACUAUGAGGAUGUGGUCAGCAAUCGCACUAAGCUUACAGAUGUGCUGGAUUUUCUGAAAUUGCCAAAGAUGAAGCUAUCCAGUCGGCAUGUGAAAAUCCAUACUAAACGGUUGCGUGAUCAUAUUGAUAAUUGGACUGAUGUUUCUAAUACUUUGAAUGGGACUCAAUACCAGAGCUUCUUGAAUGGUCGAAGAUGA